AUGGGUGGGCGAAGUGCGCAACCUCGAAGGUUUUCUUUUGCGUGUCGGAUUUUACAUCCGGCGGUAGCGCAUGAUGCCAUGGCUGGCUCCAGAUACAUCCUCAGGGCACCAGCAUCUAUAAUUAGAUUGGCGCAACAUGGCUGGCUGCACUGCUGUCUUCACUUCUUUCUUUUUCCGGCAAUGAAUGAUGUAUGUUUUGUGGCAAAAGGGUCCGCAUUGUACCUGUUUACAGUUGAGAUUAUCGUUUUUGGUAGCCCUUCAUUACGGCAUAACGUAUUAAGUUUCUUUUAUUUUGCUUUGCCCUGGUUUAAAAGACAAUGUCGAUUAAAAGUUAAUUUUAAUCGAUUGAAGGAAAUAAGAGGAAUAGCGCAAGUUGUUAGGAAAGCGUUCUUUAUCUCCAAGACUUUGCCCUGUAUAUAA